CCUCUCCAUCUGCUUUCGGCGCUCUGUAGUACUCCGACCGUUCCAUCUCUAUCGUCGCUAUACGUGCGGAUGGCCUCCAGGCUCUUAACAAAAUCAUUGAGGGCUUCGGCCUCUCUCGCACGCCCACAGGUCGCUGCUGCUCUGCCUCGCGUUGCGGUGUCCCAGAGCAUGCGUGGGUACGUUGAGAAGCAACCGCCUGCAGAGCGCGCAUCUGCCAUCAUCGACGCUCUCCCCGGCAACUCCUUGAUCACCAAGACCGGUUCUGUCGUUCUUGGCACCGGCCUUGCUGCCGCUGCCAUCUCCCAGGAACUGUAUGUUGUGAAUGAGGAGACGGUCGUGGCGGUUGGCUUCCUCAUCCUGCUCACGGCCCUUGGUCGUGGCAUGUCCGGCCCGUAUGGAGAAUGGGCGAAGGCUGAAGUCGCGAAAAUUGCUGGUAUUCUUAACGAUGCCCGCAAGCACCACACAUCCGCUGUGCAGGAGCGUAUCGAUGCCGUGAACGAGAUGCAAGAUGUUGUUGCUAUCACGAAGGACCUGUUCGCGCUUUCAAAAGACACUGCAAAGCUCGAGGGAGAAGCGUACGUUCUUAAGCAGAAGACCGCCGUUGCUGCUGAGGUGAAGGCCGUCCUCGAUUCAUGGGUACGCUUCGAGCAACAGGCGAAGGAGAACGAGCAGGCAGAGCUUGCUCGCUCGGUGAUUGAAAAGGUCAUGGCGGACAUCCAAAGCGAGAAGACGCAACGGGAAAUCCUCAUGAGCGCGGUUGCUGAGGUCGAACAACUCGUCAAGAGCAAGGCUAUCUAAACGUAGAUAGGUAGAAAGCUGAAUUGACUAGCCGCAAAAAUCCAUAAUCUUAUUCCCAAUCCAAUUGUGUUUGAUAUGG